GUUCCACCGUGGGGAACAGUGUGCAUUGGCAUACUGGCACUCCUCAUCUUACUCUGUUGCUGUGGAUGUCUCUUGAGAAUGUGCUGGAAGAGACGGAAGGGUAAGGAGGGGAAGAAGGGUCUGAAAGGGGCCGUCGAUUUGAAAAAUGUUCAACUUCUUGGAAGCUCCAUGAAAGAAAAGGUGCAGCCCGAUUUAGAAUCGUUGGAAGGUAACAUGGAAGACAACGAAGGAGUGGAAAAUGCGAAAGAGGAAGUGAAACUUGGAAAACUCCAGUUCUCAAUGGAUUAUGAUUUCCAGAAAUCUGAAUUAUCAGUUGGAGUGAUUCAGGCUGUGGAUCUGCCUGGAAUGGAUAUGUCGGGGACGUCGGACCCCUACGUUAAAGUCUACAUCAUGCCGGAUAAGAAGAAAAAGUUCGAGACGAAAGUUCAUCGGAAGACGUUGAAUCCUGUUUUCAAUGAAACUUUUGUUUUCAAGGUACCCUACGCCGAGAUUGGCUCGAAGACAUUGACAUUCGCUGUGUACGACUUCGAUAGGUUUUCGAAACAUGAUCAGAUUGGGCAGGUGCUGGUGCCCCUGAACUCCGUCGAUUUGGGCAGGGUGGUCGAGGAAUGGAGAGACCUCACGAGCCCUGAGUCUGAAGAGAAGGAAAACAAACUCGGAGAUAUCUGUUUCUCGCUGAGGUACGUACCAACAGCCGGUAAGUUAACAAUCGUCAUCCUAGAAGCUAAGAACUUGAAAAAAAUGGACGUCGGUGGAUUGUCAGAUCCGUACGUGAAGUUGGCGCUCCUAAUGAAUGGAAAGAGGAUCAAGAAGAAAAAAUCAACCAUAAAGAAAUGCACGUUGAAUCCCUAUUGGAAUGAGUCAUUCAGUUUCGAGGUGGCGUUCGAACAAAUCCAGAAAAUUUCACUCGACAUAACGGUAGUAGAUUACGACCGCAUCGGAACCUCAGACCCCAUUGGCCACGUCCUACUGGGGUGCAAUGCUACAGGGACCGAGCUACGCCAUUGGUCGGAUAUGUUGGCCAACCCCCGCAGACCCAUUGCGCAGUGGCAUACGUUGCAGGAAGUCCCCGAGAAGAAUUGA